CCAUCCAAAAUGGAGGAGGGUCUCGUGAUAUUAGUUUUCCUGUUUGGCUUGCAAAUUGCUUCUGGAAAACCACCGCACAUAGUGUUCAUUCUGGCCGAUGAUUAUGGCUUUAAUGAUAUCGGUUACCACAAUCCACGCAUAAAAACUCCCUUUCUCGACAGUUUGGCAGCCAAUGGAGUGCGCUUGGAGAACUAUUACGUGCAACCAAUUUGUACUCCAACUCGAAGUCAGCUCUUUUCCGGCAGGUAUCAGAUUCACACUGGCCUACAACACGGAAUAAUCUGGCCUUCUCAGGCGAAUGCAUUGCCUAAAAAUGACACUACGAUCGCGAGUAAGCUGAAAGAGAGUGGCUACCGUACACACAUGAUCGGAAAAUGGCAUAUUGGAUUCUACAAGAGAGAGUUCAUUCCAACUCAGAGAGGUUUCGAUUCUUUUUUCGGUUACUUGACAGGUGGAGAAGAUUACUAUACUCAUAAAAAUGGCCUUGGAUAUCCAUCAAAAGGAUACGGUGGUCUGAACGGGUAUGACAUGCGGAGAAAUGAAGAAGUUGCUGCUGAUGUCGCUGGGAACUAUUCAACAUUCCUGUUCACAAAUGAAGCAGUUGAGAUAAUUUCUUCUCACGAUCCAGAAACACCUUUGUUCCUUUUCGUCGCAUAUCAAGCUGUUCACUCACCCUUACAGGUACCUGAACAGUAUACAGAGAUAUACAAAGAUAUAAAAAACCCUGCUCGCCGCACCUAUGCAGGCAUGGUUACCUGUAUGGAUGAAGGGAUUGGCAACAUAACAGUGGCCCUACAGAAACAUGGCUUGUGGGAUGACACCGUCCUUUUCUUCAGUACAGACAAUGGUGGACAGAUAUAUGCAGCCGGUAACAACUAUCCUCUGCGAGGAUGGAAAGGGUCGCUAUGGGAGGGCGGGAUGAGGGGUAUAGGUCUUGUGCACAGCAAACUGUUAGCAAAACCUGGACAGAUAAAUUCAGAACUGAUCCAUGUCACUGACUGGUUUCCAACAAUUGUCCAUCUAUCAGGAGGUUCUGUUGAGGAUCUACCUCUAGACGGUUACAAUGUGUGGGAAACAUUGAGUAAUGGAGAACCUUCACCAAGGAAGGAAAUCUUGCACAAUAUCGACCCCAUUGAUGCUUACUGGGACUCUCACUUUGAGCCAUAUAAACACUGUCGACAAGCUGCCAUACGAGUUGGUGAUUGGAAGCUUUUAACAGGAUGUCCAGGGAAUGGAAGUUGGCUUCCACCAGCAGAGAGUUCUUAUCCCAUCGAGUAUGCACCAAAUUAUUUUGAUAAUAUAAACAGUACCUUUCUUUUCAAUGUAAGAGAGGAUCCAGAAGAAAAAAAUGAACUGUCAAAGGUAUAUCCAGAGAUGGUGAAUAAUUUGAUGCGUAGGCUUAAGGAAUACAAUGCCACAGCUGUACCAGUGCGUUACCCAAAACCAGAUCCAGCAUCAUUACCAGAGUUGCACGGUAAUGUAUGGGCUCCCUGGGAGCUGUAAAAAGACAAAUUUUCCCAAGGCUCAGCUAGGUUCAAAUGUGUUUUAAACACUGACUUCUUCUCUCAUCCCUUUUACUUAAGUCAUUAGUAUUAGAGCAAUUUUUGAUUGAACGAGGAAAGUAAUCACAGAUUGGGUCAGUUUUGCAUCACUUUGCUGUACUAGUCUCUCCAUCAAUCAAACAGUUGUGAUCAUUGGUUACUUGUGCAUUUUUCUGUGCACCAGGUAAUUUAUUUGUUUUUACUCUGAAUUCUCACUGGCUCCUUAUGGAAUUUUUGUUUCUAAUUAGCCACUGCUAUUUAAUGGGUUAAGGUUAAAGUAAGUUCUAUUUAAAUUUGUUGAGUGUUUUAGUAUCUCAUUAGCAUUUUUACAAUUGAUUAUUUAAGUGUAUGAUAAAUAUGUUAUCCUUCAACUUGAAAAUGACUGUUGAGCGGUCAAAACAUUGUUGCUUUUAAAUGCUAAUUUUUAUAGUAAAAAAAAAGUUUAAAGUAGUAUUAUAAAAUAAGUCUUACCUUCAAGGUAUUUUUUUGUCACUAGCUGAACUUAGGUCAUAGAAAGAACUACCUUUUUGUUUACUUUCCAAGUCACCAUAGGCAUGGCAGUGUAAUCCAAGUUUAAAAGCCUUAUGAGAGGUUUUGUAACAAAUAAUAAGAAUUUUUUAAAUAACAUUACUGCUAAUGAAUCACCUAAGGUGUAUAAUGUAAUUAUUUAGAGGUGAUAUUUUAAAUAAGUGAAAAA